AUGAUGAAACUGGCAAUCCUUUUUCUAAUGGUCUCAAGCUGCUAUGCUGUUCCAAAUGACAUGUCGGGGAAAGUAAUCAUCUUCCCAGCGGAAACCAACACUGCCCACGUGAAGGUGACCCCUGCAGUGGAAAAGAUUUUCUUCUCCGUCACAGUGUGUUUGAGGUUCUUCUCCGACUACAACAAGGAACAGGCGCCGUUUUCUAUAUCCACUCCAUCACAUGCGGAUGGCUUUGUAUUCUUCAGAGGGGACGGAAGGUACAGGUUGUAUAUCGGUGACAAGGGUGUCAUCUUCAACGGUCUGCCGACUGGGCUGAACGAGUGGAACUCUGUCUGUGUGACCUGGGACAGUGGUAACGGUCUAGCUCAGUUCUGGGUCAAUGGGAAACCGAGUGCGAAAAAAGCACUUCAGGCUGGCGCAUCCAUUGCAGGAACCCCAAGCAUCAUGCUUGGGCAAGACCAAGACGCGUAUGCGGGUGGAUUUGAUGUGCAUGAUGCAUUCUAUGGACACGUUACUGAUGUUCACAUGUGGGACAAUGUGCUUUCUCCCGCCGAAAUUGAGAACUAUAUGAAGUGUGUUAUUUCAAGACCGGGUAAUGUUGUUGACUGGAAAAAUCUGGAGUAUACCAAACAUGGUUAUGUGAUUGUUGAGCCGAAUCAAAUCAAUAUCUGUCCCUAGAGGCAGAAAUUGCCCUGGCCACUACACAGACUGUCAUGAUAUGAAGAAACAAAAUAAACAGAGUGUGAUACAAAGACAUUAAUGAUGGAUCUGAAGAGAAGCCUAAACAAAGAGAUGAAAAACAUUCUCAUGUGUUCUUACCAUCUGCCCCUGUUUCUUCCAGUGUAUAAUCAGGAUAUUUGUCAGGGUAAAUGGUAUUACAAACAUAAAGUUUAGGCCAAAGAAGUGUGCAUUGAUGUCAUCUCACCUGACUAAAGGUUUUAUAAACUGUUAAUUUGUUUAUCUUGCUUCCAUAUCACUUAACUGAAGCAUCUGUGGUCCUCUGUAAAAGUGAUAUUUUGUGGUCAUAUAAUUAAUUGCACAAGACCAGUCACACCUACCAGGGCCAGUAUAGCCUACUAUACUGUAAAGGUGGGCUGGAAGAAAUAUUGGGUGGGCAACAUAGCAAAGCGGUAGCCUGACGAGUCAGACCCACA